GGUCCUCAUGGACAAGAGGAAUAAAGCCGAGGACUUCUUCUACAAGGAUAACCCACCUCAUGAAAUCAUUAGAAGACAUGUCAAUGUCAGUUUAAUGGAAGAACCAGGAAGUAGCUUGGAUUCUUGGGAAAUUGUUGGAAACAUGAAAAUUGUGAGGAACUAAAGGAAACCUGUGAAAAGCCAACAACGAGCAUCACAAACUGGAGAGGAAGAAUUCAUGUUGUUGCAAAACACUCAACUAACUUAAACAAAAAGAAAUCAUCCAACUCAUUCUGAUAAUUGUGGAUCUACCUGGUGUGUCGAGACGAGGAGCGCCGUGUUGAUUGGACUCCGUGAUGUAAAAGGAGGAUGAGUGAAUGUCCUCGUGAGGUUUGAGGUGGAAAACCACCAAAGAACCCAGAAACCUGCUGCUGUCAAUGUAAACACACGGCGCCAUGCCAACGCUGCUGCUGCCAGGCUGGAGGACCACAGCUAGACACACACUCCUGCUCUGUGUCAUCUUCACCCACCACAUCUAUGUGCAGGUAACAGCCUCAGUGCUCGAGAGCCUGAUUGCCAAACGGACUGAAUACUGGGAGAACUGCAACACAACUCUGGAAACCAGUGCUCUCUCAGAAACUGGAAUCUACUGUAAAGGAACUUUUGACACAUUUUUGUGUUGGCCCCAUUCAUCUCCUGGAAACGUGUCCGUCCCCUGCCCUUCUUACUUACCAUGGAUCAGUGAGGACGGCUCCAGGAGGGCACACCGAGAAUGUUUAGAAAAUGGGAGAUGGCGACGGAGAGAGAAUUCCUCAGAGCCGUGGAGGGAUGACUCCGAAUGUAAGGAGGACCAUUACUUCAAAGACAAGGAGGAUGAAAUGCUUCGCCACACGGCCCUCAGGCUCAUCUCUGUCAUUGGCUAUUCCCUGUCCCUGACCUCGCUCACCCUGGCUACGCUCCUGAUGGCCAUGUUGAGGAAGCUCCACUGCACCAGGAACUACAUCCACAUGAAUCUGUUUGUGUCGUUCAUCCUGAGAGCCGUGGCCGUCAUCUCCAAGGAAAUCAUUUUACACAUCAUGUACUCUAAACUUCCAAAAGACGACUCGGGAUGGAACUCCUACUCGAGCUCUUCGAUUGCGUUGGUGUGUAAAUUCUCCAAAGUGUGCAUGGAAUACUUUGUGGCCUGUAACUAUUUCUGGCUCCUGGUGGAGGCCAUCUUCCUCCACACGCUACUCUUCACAGCCGUGCUGACCAAGAGAUGUCUGCUCAAGAAAUACAUGCUGCUGGGAUGGGGAACGCCUGUUUUAUUUGUAACACCAUGGAUGGUGGUCAAGAUUUUAUAUGAAAACACAGAAUGCUGGUUGAUGGUGAACAGAUGGUUCUGGUGGAUAAUAAGAGGCCCGAUUACUUUGUCAGUGCUGGUGAUUUUCUUCAUAUUCAUCAAGAUCCUGAUGCUGCUGCUCUCCAAACUGAAGGCAGAUCAGGUGAAAUUUACAGACUACAGAUACAGUUUGGCCAGAGCCACACUGGUUCUGAUUCCUCUGCUGGGAAUCCAUGAGGUGGUCUUCACAGUGCUGGUCGAUGAAUGUGUGGAGGGCAGCAGUCGCUACGCAAAGACCUUUAUAAACCUCACCCUCAGCUCCUUUCAGGGGUUCUUGGUGGCUGUGCUCUACUGUUUCGCUAACGGAGAGGUCCAGGCUGAACUGAAGAAGCGCUGGCAGCUCUUCCUGUUCACCAACCACUUCCAGGUCAGGAGCUGUUUCCGGAGCGCGCCCCUCAAACACCUGUGGAAGUUCACCGGACGGCGCCGCACACACGGCUCUCGGCAGAGUGACUUCUACGACGAGGACGGCACCUUCUCAACACAACCUCACCUGCUUCAGGUGGCCGUACACGGAGAAGGUGGGGGGCUCGGACGAAGCGAGGUCAAAGGUCAGCGGUCACAGGGCUGCGGCACAACAGGGCUUGACUUUCUCACCAGGAAGAGCCUGUCCAGUAGUGACGGAGAGAUGACGCACGGAGAGACAAUGGAGGAGAUUCUGGAGGAGAGUGAGUUCUGAGCACUUUCACUGGUCGCUGGUGGGAUGAUGUCGCAUCAUUUAACCCUCUGAGACUCACCAUAUAACCACGUUCAAAGGCAGAAAGCAGCUCAACGGUGUCCUUUUUAAAUCAUAAAUCUGAAAUAAACAUUGUGUUCAUUUUAAAGGUUCAGAUUUUAUUAGAGGCUCUUAGGAAAUUAUGAUUGAAGGGGGGCACCUGGUUGCUCGCCUGGUAGAGCCGGCAUCCCAUGCAGAAAGGCUACAUCUGUGCUGCAGCUUUAAAUUUUAAUCCAGGCUGGUUACCUAAAAGCAUAAUUCAGAAGUUAUAAAGAGUUAUCUCUGAGUGCUCUGCAGUCAAAGAAUAAACGUACCCUUACCGACAAUUGAAUGCAUUACAAUGUUCGCUUUUCAUAUUUAUACACAUAGUGAACCUCAUAGAGGACCUUGUACUAUACAAACACAUUUUCACUGUUUUAUUUACCAUGUAAAAUAUUUUACUGUGACAGACCAGUCAGAAACAUCUACACAUCACAAAAUCUGGACUGAAAUGUGUAUAUUCAUGUAAAAACACCAUUUGUUCUCUGAAUGUGAAUAAUUCAAAGACACUCUGUGCAGCGGGUUUUACAGUUUUCUAUUCUAAUGAAACUUAAAAUGUAUUAAAUGCUUUUAUUUGUUGUACAGGUGAAACGAUCACACACUAUUUGUACUUCUAGUCUGACAACAAUUAAUGUGUACAGAUUAAACAGCAGUUAGACUGAUGAAAUUGUCUUCUUUUGUCCUCCAGUUUGAAAUGGACCUGACGGCUUUAAUUUACUAUCAUUUAUAAAGGAAACAUCGUUUGUUGCAGUAAAACUGGUUUUCGGCAGAUUCCUGUACUGCAACCAAAAAAAUAAAUGACAUUAAAAUAUAGAAUUGAAACUAAAAAAAAUACUUCUGACAGUAGAACUGAGACACAGAGAGUCAGUCCAACAGUCAGUCAGGAGCUGAAGUCUCAUAUGAACUUGUAAGGAAAUUACUAAUAACUGAUAUUAACCCUUUGAAACCUGAGCAGACUAGCUUGAUUUCUUUCAAAAAUGUUGGAGGAAGGCAAUAAAAAAAGA